CAUUUAUUGUAAAUGCAGUUACUCAAUUAAUUUCUAAAUUACAGUGAUAAAAUGAGUCUAAAUAACAAAGUUGCUAUUGUUACGGGCGCAAGUUCUGGAAUCGGAGCAGCAAUUGCUGAAAAAUUCAGCAAUGAAGGAGCCCACGUAGUUAUGGUUGGAAGAAACGAAAGUAAACUAAGUGCUGUGGCAGCCCGAUGCAAAGAUCCUCUUGUUAUCAAAGCAGAACUGGGAAACGAUGAAGACAUUGUAAGAAUUAUUGAUGAGACUAAGAAGAAAUACGGUAAAAUUGAUAUUUUAGUAAACAAUGCUGCAACAUCGGUGCUGGCUAGUGUCCUCUAUGGUGAUUUGUUGAAAUCGUAUGAAGAAGUUAUGAAAGUGAACUUCAAAGCAGUUGUUCAUUUAACAAAGUUGGCGGCACCUCAUUUAAUUGAAACUAAGGGGAAUAUUAUAAACAUUUCUGCAAUUGGUGGACAGAGAGCAUCAGCAGCUUCAGUUUUAAUGAUGUAUUGUGUUUCAAAGGCUGCUGUUAACCAUUUUUCGCAAGAUGUGGCAUUAGAAUUAGCCCCACACAAGGUGAGAGUUAAUACAAUCAGCCCUGGGCCAGUGCGGACAGAUAUUUUGGAGAAUACAAAAACUCCUAUAACAUGGGAUGACUUUCAGAAGAAAACUGCUUUGGAUAGAAUAUCAGAACCAGAAGAAAUUGCCGAUCUUGCUUUGUUUUUAGCCAGCGACAAAGCUAAAGGCAUCACUGGUUCCAACUUUGUAUCUGACAACGGUAUGUUGUUAAAGAGUUAGAUUGUAAGAAGAGAUUAUUCCAUUGUUUAACAUGAAGAGAUUGUAAUAUGUUUAAUUUGAAGAGAAUUUCUAUUUAACACUAUAAAUUAUAUAUUUUUUUAAAUUGUUAUAUUUUAACAGUGUAGAAGUAGCUUUUUUAAUUGUGUUUAAGAAUUUAAUAAAAAU